AUGAGAAGCCAAUCCUCGAUGCACCGCGGUAACGCAGCUACCAGGAUGGCACGGAUUCAGCCGCAAUUCGGGGCGGAGCUAGGAUUUUCCAGCGCGGCUCCAAAGCCCAGCGUAAACAUCUCUGGUCCGUCGCUGACAACAGCUGUUCGAUCGCGUUCGCGCGCCGCCAAUCCAUCAGACACAAUGAACUCGUUUCGUGGAGGCAUGCAGGUGCAUGCCGUGCCUGAAUCCGAGCGCGCGUUCGACGCGGCCGGUCGCCAGCUGCCCUGGGGUUACGAGUACGCCGACUCGAAGAUGCGCUUCUUUUGGACCGACACGAUCUUCGAUUCUGACGAAGAGACCAGUGGCGACACUCAUGGCCAGCGCCGCUUCGUCGAAGAGAAAGGACCAUUCGGCCGCUCCACGCGCCGCCGCGGCCUUUCGCGCAGCAAAACAACCGGCACACCCGCCCGCAAAGAGGACCAAAACCGCGCCGCGAACCUGAAAGCCAUCGACGAGAUCUUCACCCAAGUCAAAGCCUCCGCCCCCAAGACCGUUGAGCAGCCGCCAACCGCCGCGCCGCAACCGUCGCAAGGGACCUCCAGCACACCCGCGCUCCCCGCUACCCAGGCCUCGGUCGCGAAGGAGCCGACCGAGGUGAUGCUGUACGGGUUCAGCAGCGAGACACAAUGGGCGGCCAUCGAAUUCUACGAGCGCAUCGCGGAGGGCGUCGUGUACGAGGACUACGACCGGCAUCCGCCCUCGUCCAGGUACAACAUAUCGUUGAGCAUCACUCGCACGGCCGCAGUGCGCAACCUGUCCGCCGCUGCGCUCCGCAAGAAGAACACAUACUGCGGCGGCAACCACUGGAUCAAGGUGACAUUCGACUCCCCCGAGGCCGCCGACCGGGCCUGCCACUGCUCCCCACACGUCAUACACGGCCACGCCGUCUACGCCGAGCUCUACCGCGGCACCGGCCCCGCGCGCGAUAUCGCCAUUCCGGCCUCGCAUGCCGGCUUCACGGACGGAGGCAACGUCGAGAUGAGCCCCAGCAACACCUCCUCGACCAUACGCGCCGGCGGUGGCGCCGGCUUGAGCCCCUCGCGUUCCUCCGACACCGCGUCCUCCGCCACCGUCACCGGUUCCUUCCCCUCCAAUCUUCGGAGACGCCCCUCCGCCCGCACGACGCAGUCUGCGCCCGCCGCUGCCGCCGCCGCCACGCCGCAGACAUCCUUCUCCUCGACCGCGACCGCCGCGCUCAACGCCCAGACGCCCGGUGCCGCCCCAGCCGACGUCCCACCCGCCGCUCCACCGCCGCUGCGUAUACGCGGCGCGAAGCGCGCCGUGCUUCUUCCGGCGGAACAGGCGCUGCUGCCUGUGGGUAACAAGUGGCAGCAGCUGCUGGGCUCGCUGCCGCUGAUCAGGCUGUUCGUUGGCGGCAACACCGAGGUCAUCGGCAACGAGGUGCCGCGCAAGGACGACGGCACUUUCGACUGGGAGAUUGCGAGCAUGUACUGGAAGGUGUGGGCGUGGUUGGACUAUUGGUUCGGAACUGACUUCUUGGGACUGAGUGGGGAUGAUUAG